UUGUAAUAACUGUUAUGAAAUAUUGAAAUGAGAUAUGAAGUCUAAAUAUUAUCAAUGUGCAAUUAUAUUCUUAUUUCAACUCACAGUAAGCGGCAUAGCAUCUCAAAACGACGAUGACCAUAUUGAUUUAUCRCUCUCUAAACAGAAACAAAAAUCAAUUCAAACUACAAAUAUGAAUAAUUCGACACAUCCCAGGAUGAUACGUCAUGAAGACGAUUUGGAACGCAUAGUCUCUGAACACAAGGCUUGUUCAAGUAUGCCAUAUUCAAGUAUCAGUUGUCAUAUGAAUUCGACAUGUGUGUAUGGAAAUCAAACAAUUGCUAUAUGCAAAUCAAAUGUAGAUUGUCUGGGAGAAAAUACAUUUGCUAAAAACUUGACUUGUCGGUUUUGUUAUCAGACAGAGUUCUGGGAAUAUGAAUGUGUGAAAAAAAUCUGUAAUUCUGCUGCUUCUCCACCAACUUAUUACCGGUUUUACUUGGGACAUUGGCAAGAAGGCAUAGGCAAACUAUUCAGUUUUGGUGGCCUUGGUGUUUGGACCCUUAUUGACGUAUUAUUAAUAUCUAUCAGAUACCUUGGUCCAGCAGAUGGUUCUCUAUAUUUGUAAAAACAUUUUAAAAUAUUUGUUGUUUAAAUUUCCAAAUAAAAUACUAAAUUUUAGUUGUUUUAAA